UUAAAAAACAAUGGAUAACCGAAAUCUUUGACGAGAUCGAUAAAUACGAAUAAAAAAAUAAAUAUAUUUAAAAAACAAUAGAUAACCGAUUUCUUUACUUCAUCCCUGGACUUAUCGGUGUCGAAUAAAUAACAACAAUAUCCAGAUGUGCGGACGAACUUGCUUAACCCUAGAUCCAGAUCAGGUACUGUGUGCCUGUAAAUAUCAAAACAGCAGCGUUAAAAAGGAAACGCCAGAGUGGCGCGCGGAAUUCAACUUGGGUCGACGCUACGAGGCAUCGUAUAAUAUAGCCCCCACGGACAUAACGCCUGUUGUUGUUUCUGCUGCCCACUUCUCGGACCAAGAGGACCAGAAAUGUGCUCGCACUGUGAUGCCCAUGAUGUGGGGUAUGAUCCCAUUCUGGCACAAGGGCGACUACCGCAAGCACGGCCUCACCACCAACAACUGUCGGCUGGAGCAUCUGAUGGACUCAAAACUCUAUCGCGGACCCUUUAAACGGGGCCAACGGUGUGUGGUGCUCUGCGAAGGUUUCUACGAAUGGCAGACGGCUGGUCCCGCCAAGAAACCAUCUGAGCGGGAAGCCUACCUGAUCUUUGUUCCCCAAGAGAGCGAUGUGAAGAUAUACGACAAGACCACUUGGACACCAUCGAAUGUGAAGCUCCUGCGCAUGGCUGGGCUCUUUGAUGUGUGGGAGGAUGAGUGUGGCGACAAAAUGUAUAGCUACAGUAUUAUUACCUUCCAGUCUAGCAAAAUCAUGGACUGGAUGCAUUACCGAAUGCCAGCCAUACUAGAAACCGAGCAGCAAAUGAAUGACUGGCUGGACUUUAAGCGGGUGAGCGAUUCACAGGCCUUGGCUACUUUGCAGCCUGCCAAGUCCCUAGAAUGGCAUCGGGUCACGAAGCUGGUGAACAACUCGCGCAACAAGAGUGAGGAAUGCAACAAACCCAUCGAGCUGGCCGCAAAGCCCGCCAAGCCACCCAUGAACAAGACCAUGAUGGCCUGGCUAAAUGUCCGCAAAAAGCGGGAGGAGCAAAUCAAGGCUGAGCAGAGCGACCCCAGUGAUGAGGAGGACAAAGAUGGUGCAAUGAAGCGCAAAUCAUCCCCAGAUGCAGCGCCUGAUGACAGUCCUGCCAAGCGUCCGCGUUUUAAGGAUUUCAAAAAGGCAGCCCAGAAACGUAGCUGUGGCAGCUGCGAAGGCGAAGUUAAGUCCGCUGAGCGAUAAACUCGUAUUCCUUCAGAUUUUUUUUUUUUUAGUAGUACAUUAAGUUUAUUUCUCAUUAAAAACCGAAAUAUUUGUUCUCAAUACCAAAAAACUCUAAGCAUAAUCGUUG